ACCACUCAUAAGCAGCUGCUGGUUUUUCUUUUUUUGGUUUCCAUUUGUGUGUAUAUAUAUAUAUAUAUAUAGAGAGAGAGAGAGAGCUAUUUGUCCUCUUCGUUAGAGUGUGUGUGUCUCUCUCUGGUUCACUUUCCCUUUGUUCCUUAAAAGAGGGGGAAAUGGUGCGUCUCAUAAUUAUAUACAUUAUUAUUAUUAAUAUUACUGUUAUUGUGGGGGUUGAAGAUGAAGUAUCUGCCGUGGGGGAUCCCGGAAUGCGGAGAGACGGCCUCCGCGUUGCCUUCGAGGCCUGGAACUUCUGCAAUGAGGUUGGGAAGGAGACUACCCCGCCCCCGCCCAGUCCCCGUGCUGCAGAUUGCUUUGAUCUUUCUGGUACCUGUCUGUCUAUUUACCUUCAUUAUAAUGUGACAGAUGAAGGGAAUGUAAUAAUCCAUAAGGUGAGUGAGGACAUAAACAAGCUCGGCACGGGGGAUAAGUUCCCCGGCGUGCCCUCCAACGCCCUAAGCAACCCGGAUCUCUAUGCCGUUGAGAAAGAACUCUACCUGGGAUCACUCUGCCAAGUACAAGACAACCAUUCAUGGCAAUUCUGGAUGAUCAUGCUCAAGAACGGCAACUACGACACCCUAUCCGGCCUCUGCCCCAUGAACGGCAAGAAAGCCCCGCCUUUCAAGCCCGGCAAGUUCCCCUGCCCUGGCCACGACUGCAUGAACCAGCCCAUCUUUUACCACAAUCCUACAGCAAUUUUCAGGGAUGUUAUGAGAGGUGGGUUUAACGGAAGUUACGGGAGCAGGGAAGACUAUUUCGAGGUAAUCUGGGAGAAGAAAGUCGGGAAAGGGAGCUGGGAGUUUAAGCAUACACUCACUACUUCAAAAGAGUAUCCAUGGCUCAUGCUCUACCUCAGAGCUGAUGCUACUAAAGGCUUUUCUGGUGGAUACCAUUAUGACACAAGAGGGAUGCUCAAAAUUCUUCCAGAGUCUCCUAAUUUUAAGGUGAGACUAAGUCUUGAUAUCAAAAUUGGGGGAGGGAAUCAGAGUCAGUUUUACCUGAUGGACAUCGGCAGCUGCUGGAAGAACAAUGGCUCCCCAUGCGACGGAGAUGUGGUGUCCGAUGUCACUAGAUACUCCGAGAUGAUCAUCAACCCGGACACCAGAGCUUGGUGCAGCCCGACCAACCUGGCUAACUGCCCACCAUAUCACAUUACGCCGGAUGACAAGAAAAUAUUCAGGAACGACACUGAAAACUUCCCUUAUGGAGCUUACCAUUAUUACUGUGUGCCGGGAAAUGCAAAGUAUGCCGAGCUUCCAUUCAGUGUCUGCGAUCCCUACAGCAAUCCACAGCCACAAGAAUUGGUGCAGUUGCUGCCUCAUCCAAUCUGGGAAGAGUAUGGCUACCCGACCAAGCAGGGACACGGCUGGGUUGGAGACGGGAGAACAUGGGAGCUCGAUGUAGGUGGGCUUUCCAGUAGACUUUACUUUUAUCAGGAUCCCGGUAGCAAGCCUGCAAGAAGAAUAUGGACAUCUCUGGAUGUUGGAACAGAAAUUUUUAUUAGUGAUCGAAGCGAAACAGCUGAAUGGACAGUGAGCGACUUUGAUGUUGUACUCACUUAAUUAACAUAUCAUGUGGGCAAGUACCCUCAUAUUCUUUUACUGAAAGAAACAACCUGAAGAAUCAGGGUCUCAAUAACAGCACAAAGGCAACAGGCCUUUGAGUUUUCGUGUUUUCGCUAGUUUCUUACAUAUUAGGAUUUUUGAACUACUCAUGUGCAAGCAGAUUAAGCAAAAGCACAUGGAAUAAUAUUUAUCUGAACCUACUGUAGUAAAUGAAAUUCAAUACACCUAUUCAAGUGAAAAA